CGAUAGCGAUGUUCGAUAAGCCAGGUGACUGCCCGAGUUUCGUCGCUGAAAAAGAAUUUGAGAAGACUUUUUACAAAUUUCCAUAGAAAAUCGCGGGAAUAUUUACGUCCAGAGCACGCCUAAAUGUUUGCAAACACGUAGCGCGUAUUUAUCAGACUAGGAUAGUUGAAACUAGAAUUAACCCGCAGCAUGGCAGCUAACAGCAACAAUAGCAACAUACACAACCUGGGCGCGGGGUCGGAGGGCCUGCUGUCCUCCGUGAUUGCGUCGACGGGAACGCCGGGUAUGGGAUCCUCGCCUGCUCCAGUCGUCACCAGGUCCGCCGCCUCCUCCGCCGCGCAGAGUGCCUGGGAUCAGCUGACGGCGAGUGCCUCCAACAACAUGGCUCCGUCGCCCACGGCAGGAGCCCCCAUGGUCACGGGACCCAUAUUGGCAGACAAUCCGGGCAGCGGGGCGGGCAGUUCACCUGUAGCCAGCUGCUCAUCCCCCUCGACGCCCACAAAGACACAUGCUCCCUCGCCGCUGGAGAGCAUGGGCCACACGCCGCAGGGUCCACCAACCCUGGGACCCGGCGGCUAUGGCGAGGAACUCACCGCUGAGCUAGUGAAUCAGGGAUGGCGCAAGUUCUGGUCCAAGCGGGAGAACCGGCCUUACUACUGGAACAAGGUCACCGGCGAAUCGCUGUGGGAGAUGCCCGGCACUAGGCCCUUUGAUCCUCUUACAGAUCCCCUGGGCAUCUGCCAUGCCGGUGGCCCCACGCCGAUGACGCCCAAUAUGCACCAGCAGCAACAGCAUCAGCACCACCAUCAUCACCUUAAGCGUCGGCCGUCGGACGACAUGCACAUCCAUCCCAAUCAGCAGCACCAUGUGGGCGGUGGACCGCCGAUGAAGAAGUUCGUCCUUGCCGGACCCUGGGAUCUAGAGGUGUGCACCAAUGCGGUGAUUGUGGAGCGGCCGCCCACACUUCUGCCGCAACCUCAUCCCGAGGUGGAGGCUCUACGGGCAGCCUAUAGCAUGAAGCUCUUGAAAACCUACGAGGAUCUGUGCAUGCGGAGGGAGAAUAUAAAGGCACCCAGGGAUUCCUUCAAUCGCUGGCUGAUGGAACGCAAGGUCAUCGACACCGGUUGCGAUCCGCUGCUACCGAGCAGCUGCCUGCCGGAGAUCUCGAGCUCUAUGUAUCGCGAGAUCAUGUCGGAUAUACCCAUCAAGAUAGUGAAGCCCAAGUUCACCGGGGAUGCCAGGAAGCAGCUUUCCCGCUACGCAGAGGCAGCCAAGCAGAUCAUAGAAUCCCGAUCGGCACCGGCUGAAUCCAAGAAGGUGGUCAAGUGGAAUGUGGAGGACACGUUCCAGUGGCUAAGGCGAACAGUGGGCGCCAGCUACGAGGACUUUCAGGAUAGGCUGGCCCACUUGAAGCGGCAGUGUGAACCGCAUUUGGUGGAGACCGUCAAGAGUUCCGUGGAGACCCUGUGCGUUAAGAUCUACCAUUUGUCAGCCGAUCACGCCCGGAAGAUAAGGGAGCGGCAUUUGCAGCUGCUCAAGGAGCACGGAAUACCGGAACCAACGCCUCCGCCGCCACCACCGCACUUAAAGAAAGUGUGGUGCUAUCCUAUACAGUUCGCCGUCCCAUCGCCACGGAUGCCGACGAUCGAGUACUUACAGGAUCGCGACCACAUGAUCAUCAAGUACACGCCUGCCACGAUCAAUCAGCCGGAUGCGCAGUACAUCAACCUCACCUAUCUGCAGAAGUUGGAGCAGCUGUACCGCCACAACUGUUUCGAUGACAAGAAGUUUGAUCUGUUCAUCGGUCGGGUGUGGUGUCUGCUCAAACGGUAUCAGACCUUUCUGGGCAACGCCUUGAAUUCCUCCCAGGAAGCCGAGCUCACCCAGGCGGCCCUGCCGGUGCCGGUGUUUGAGUGCCUGCAUCGGCACUUUGGCGUAAGCUUCGAGUGCUUUGCCUCGCCAUUCAAUUCCUAUUUUCGGCAGUACUGCUCGGCGUUCGCCGACACGGAUGCCUACUUCGGUUCCAGGGGCCCCUUCCUGGACUUCAAGCCCGUUUCCGGGUCCUUCCAAGUGAAUCCUCCCCAUUGUGAGGAGUUGAUCGAGGCCUCUUUGCUGCACAUUGACAAACUGCUCACCGACACCAUGGAGCCACUAAGCUUUAUUGUAUUUCUGCCGGAGUGGAAGAGUAUAUCUAAGCUGGACGAGAGCAUGUACAAGCGUCGUUCCAUGGUGGUUUUAGGCAUGGCCCAUGAGUACAGGCACGGCUACCAGCACAUGUUGCAAAAAUCCGAUGUGCUGAUCAAGUGCAUGCAGGGCACCCAGGUGGUGUGGCUGCAGAACAGCGCCGGAUACGCACGCUGGGGACCCAACGAGAUUCGUGUGGAGGCUCUGCGCGAGGCCUUCCGACCGCAACGUGAUCGAGAGCGCGAACGGGCUGCAGUUGCGGCGGCAGCAGCUGGCGUGAACUCCAGCCAGCAAUCGCCAGCGACGCCGCCAUCCUCCGCCACGGUGGCUUCAACAAUCAACUCCAGUACGAACAGUGGAGUCAACAGCAACAGCUCCUCCGCAGCCAUUACAACGAGCGCGAGCAGCUGUCCAUCGCCGGCCACCACAUCGUCCUCGAUGUCGCCCUUGUCUCCGCACACGCCCACCGGCAAUCCGCCGCCACAGUUCCCGAUGACCAUCAGCAACACCAGCAGCAGCAGCAACCUGGUGGCCGCGUCUCCCACGAUGAGUGUACAGAGCGAUUGCUCUUCUCCAUCGUCCUCGACGAUGAGCCUUUCACCCGCUCCUGCUUCGGGCGGCUACCCGGAUGGAGGGACAUCGGCCACAGCAGCAGCCGUGAGCAUUACAGCCACGGCGAGUACAUCGACGGCUGGAACCGGAUCUGCAUUUGGCCAGGCCAACAGCAUCAGUAGCUCAGCCUCAACGCAGGCGGUCAUCAAUUCAGCCGUCUAGAGGGGAUCCUUUCUGGGAUCCUACUAUCCAUACAUGGUUCUAUUUUGUCCACACUAUCUGUGCACUUUCUGUUAGGCAUAAACUAGGGAUACAGUUGAGGAAGAGGAAAAACAAUUGGGUUAAAUGUCAAUCGACCGGCCAUGUUUCCAAUUGCAAGGUUUUAUUUUGUGGAAUCGGAAGCGAUAAUGAGGUUCAAUUUCUAUAUAUUCUAAUCUAAAACGGAAGCCGAAAGAAUACCAAUUUCUAUUUGUCUGAAAAAGUACAAUUUCUAAAUUCCGUUUCUAAUAAGUAUAAUUGGAAUCAGGAAAACGCGCAAUAUUUUGUUAGUUUUUAUUACAAAAAUUAAAAUUUUUAAAUUUACACAUUGUUCAGUACAGCCGAUUUAGUUUGGCACAAAGGUUAAUUUUAUUAACUAAGAUUGCUAAAUAUUUUGUUACGCAUUCUUUCAAUUUUUAAAAAAAGCUUUAAUUUUGAAAUGUACACAGUGCUCGGCCUUUGGCAGCUGGUAUUGCCCCAAUCGCAAGAUAUAAUUAAUUGUAAAUAUGUUAUAUUUAAUUUGAAAUAGCUGAUAAAUCCCGGCCUGGCCGCUGUUUAUCGUAUAUAACGAGUAUACCCAACAAACAAGGGCCAAGCUACCCGAAAAAAGACUCUAAUUGCAUACUUAGUAUGGGUAGGGGUGUGGUUCUCUAUCCUUGUUUCAGGGUAUUCGGCAAUGGUGUUCCAUUCAUAAAACAAAUCGUAAAAUAAAACACAUUAAAUCGAACUAAGAAGCCCUUAACAAUCUUUUGUGAGACUAUUAACUUACUAGAAUACAUUUACUUUAAAAGAAAAUUACGGCAAAAAAAUAUUUGAAUACUAAAUUAUCAUAUGUACAAAUCGAUAACACUUAACGUAAGUAGUAAAGGAAAUUAAAUGAAGAUUGAAGCGAAAUACGGAAAGCGCA